UGCGUCAAUGAGCGUCAUUGCGUCAUCGCGUCAGAGUUACGUGUUUCAAAAUGGCGGCGCUCGUGUCCUUGUUAUUAAGACCCAGAGCUGGCUUUCUCGUAUCGUCUCAGACGCCAGCCGUUCUCUCAAGCAGACCUGCGUCUAAAAAGUCUGGAGGCAGCAGCAAGAACCUGGGAGGGAAAAGUCCGGGUCACAGAUACGGUUUCAAGAAACAAGACGGAGACUUUGUUCGCGCAGGUAACAUCCUCGCCACACAGAGGCUUAUACGCUGGCAUCCGGGAGCUCAUGUGGGCAUGGGGACGAACAACACGCUGUACGCCCUGGAGGACGGUACGGUCCGGUUCACUAAAGAAGCGUACGUUCCUCUGCCUCGUAGCGCUGAAGCCUGGGGCGUGAUCCCCAAACUGCCUAAAGGAGCCCUGCUCUACAAGUCCUUCAUCAAUGUCGUCCCCACCAAACAGGAGAACAACUUCAAACUAGUGGACAUGGUCUGAGAAACGUUUACGACCGGCUUCCGGAUUCCCAGAACUGAGAAACGUGUGAACGUCGGUUCCGCGGAGCUCGUCCGGGACGUUAUCACCCGUGAUGAGGAAACAGCUUUUUUUACUAAGUUAUUUGAAUAAAUAUCAUACUCAAACGAAA